AUGCAAUUUCAUUCAAAUAAACAGCGUUUGGACAGUAAAAGUGACAUAGAUUUCCGGUCGAAAUCACCGCGUUCUUUGCAAAAUAGAAAUACCAAAAAUUUAUCUUUAGACAUAGCAACACUUCAUCCGUUAAUGGAAUUCUCACUGCAAAGCCAGAAUGAUCCAGGUUCAGUAAAGUUCCCAUCGCCGACGCCUUUGAAUCUGUCCAUGAAGCCCAAAACCACCAUAUUGGAGAAAUUCCCAACAAAAAUAAGCUCAAGACCAAUACCACCACCGCUACCCUUAAGGCGGAGCGAGGCUUCCAUAUACACACUACCAGCAUCUUUGAAAAGCCGGACAGUUUCUCCAAACUUGUAUACAAGGACAUCUAUGGCGACAUCCAUCGGGAAACAUUCAUCAUCAUCGCCGGCAUCAUCAUUCUCAGAAAAACCCCAUCUAAAUAGAGUUCAUUCGCUAUCCGUGAAGACCAAAGAUUUGAGAUUAAAGGGAAUUAGAGGGCGAUCUCAAACCAUUUCCGGAUUAGAAGCCUCUACCCCGACCUCUAGCAUAUACGAAACUGCCCUAGGUAACAGUGACCUGAACAAAUUCUCUAAUCAAAAAAACAUGCAAACAACAUUGAUUUUCCCCGAAGAGGAGCCAGAUUUGAAUAUUGAUAAGAUACAUACAGAGAUUUACCAACGGACAGUUUAUCUGGACGGGCCACUGUUGGUGAUACCGUCCAGUUUGUAUUUAUAUUCAGAGCCCAAAUUGGAGGAUAUCUUAUCGUUUGACUUAGUCAUCAAUGUUGCUAAAGAGAUACCAAACCUGAAAUUAUUGCUACCGCCGGAAGUGGCACACAAGAUACAGUACCACCACGUAGAAUGGACACAUACCUCCAAGAUCGUCAGCGAUUUAUCUCGAUUGACGCGCAUUAUGCAUACGGCUUAUUUGCAAGGCAAGAAAAUACUAGUCCAUUGCCAAUGUGGCGUAUCAAGAUCAGCAUCAUUAAUUGUAGCGUACAUCAUGCGAUAUUAUGGCCUGACCCUGAAUGAUGCCUACAACAAGCUGAAAAUGGUCGCUAAAGACAUAAGCCCCAACAUGGGACUCAUCUUUCAACUCAUGGAAUGGGGGGAGAUGUUGUCUAAAAACUCGUUAGAGGAAGAAGGAGAGGCUAUUCGUAUGCAACCCGAAGAAGACGAAAUCAGCAACAACGAAGCUUCCUCUUCCACCGCGAAGUCCUACUCUUCUGUUUCAUACAGAAGUUUCCCCAUGCUAAUGAACCCAUCGUCGUCGCCAAAUGACAGCUCCAUCAACUCUUCGGAGGUCACGCCAAGAACCCCCGCCACUUUGACGGGAGCAAGAACCACGCUGGUCGAAGAACAGGAUGAAGAAGACAAGAAGAGGUUGUCUCAAACAGCAGACGCACUAGACCCCUCCGUUGAUAGCGAGUCUCUAUCCACCGCAUCGGAACAGAUGAUGCUGCUCCCAUAG